AGCGUUACUCGUAUACCAUGCCAUUAACGCUUACCAGAUGGAAUAAAGGACGAUCACCCGAUGAUCCUAGGAAUGCAGGUAUAAAGCACCCAUGGAGGCCGAGUCCAUUCCCCGGAAACAAAGGCAGAUAAUCAGGACUGUCUUACUCUAGCAUAUUCAAUCACAGCUGACACCAUGCUCGUAGAACAACCCAGAGAUAUCACUCAAGGCCAUCUAGAGAAGAGCAGUCUACUAUGGCGGUCGAUAGAAACCGAAGCCGUGAAACCGGUGCUUAGCCACGACAUCGUCUCUACGUCUAGUACUUCGUCGUCCCCAUCAAUACCAAGGGAUGUGGAUGAGCCCUGUCUGCGUCUUGCCGUGAGAGGACAGGGGAAUUAUAUAUAUUUAGCAGAUGGGCGUGAAAUACUGGAUGCCUGUGGAGGGGCGGCUGUUGCUUGCCUCGGACAUGGCGUUAAGGAGGUCGCUGAUGCAAUUAUCACCCAGACUGCUUCUAUCGCCUACGUUCCUUGGGGUUUCAUGGAUAGCCAGAGCCGGCGAGAUCUGAACAGAUGGCUAUCGCAAAAUUCUAACGGGCACUUCACGAAGACAUGGGUUACAUCAUCUGGCUCCGAAGCGAUGGAAGGCGCAAUAAAGCUUGCCCGCGAGUACUUUACGUGGAUUGGACAGCCGCAACGCGUGAACUAUAUCGCUCGGGAUGAGUCGUACCAUGGGAUUACGCUGGGCGUGCUGUCUGUGGGAGGCCACGUAACCAGAAGAACCCCGUUUGAACCACUUCUAGCAUCCAACGUCUAUCAUAUACCGGCAUGUAACCCUUACCGCCAAAGGUUUCCCGGGGAGUCCGACGACGAGUUUGUCUCCCGCAAGGCAGAAGAGCUCGAACAGGCGUUCCUCCGAGCUGGCCCAGACACUGUAGUAGCAUUUGUCGCUGAGCCGGUUGUCGGAGCAGCAGCUGGCUGUUUGCCACCCGUCAGUGGCUAUUUUAAGGCUAUGAAGGCUGUGUGUGAUAAAUACGGAGCUCUACUUAUACUCGACGAAGUCAUGUGCGGCAUGGGAAGAACAGGCACCCUCCACGCCUGGGAGCAGGAGGGCGUCACUCCCGAUAUACAAGCGGUUGGGAAGGGCCUUGGAGGUGGUUACCAACCCGUCUCGGCCAUAUUAGCUAGCAGCAAGAUCACACAAGUAAUGGAAGCCAAGGGCGUCGCUUUUACACACGGGCACACGUAUAUGAAUCACCCAGUCACCUGCGCCACUGCCCUGCGGGUUCAGCAGAUUAUACAACGCGAUAACCUCCUUCCCAACGUCCAGGCCCAGGGUCAAUACCUAGAGAAGCUACUCCGCAACAAACUACAGAACUAUCCCAACGUCGGCGACAUCCGGGGCCGCGGCUUAUUCUGGGGUAUUGAGCUCGUCCGGGAUAAAGAGACUAAAGAACCGUUUGACCCUGAACUUCAGAUCGCGCGCCGCGUCCACGAGACGGCUAUGGACGCACCGCAUAACUUGUCAGUAUAUUUCGGCCAAGGGUGUGCCGGCCAGGGCAAGGGCGACCACAUCAUGAUCAUGCCCGCAUAUAACGUCACUCGGGACGUUAUAGAGACGAUCGUCGAUAAGUUCGCGGCUGUCCUCGACGAUUUCUUCAGCCAGUUGGAGAAAGAGCAUGAUGGGGCUGGGCAAGACUAGGUGUCUCCGCAUCCUAAGCCCGAGUCUGCGAGUCAUACAAUAUGUAUCUAAGAAUCUUACUCCUACUUUUUGUUAGUUUCUACCUCGUAGCAUCGAUUAGCUCUACGCGUAGCUUAUUGGUCUAUCGUCAAUCACGAGUAACUUCUAACGGGAGCAAGAGGUGGAAUAUAACGCGGAUGCUGCGUGCUUGCUAACCCCCGUUCUAUGUUCAUUAUAUCUGACAUUAUCGCUAGUUACUAUUUUCAUAUAACACAAUUACAUACAAUGUCUGUUAUCUGUUGCUUUAGCAACUGGGACUAGCUGGUUAUAUAUCUAUGAGAGCAGUUGUCUCGGCUGGAUUUCUAGGGAUAUAUGAAUAUAACUACAAUAUGAAAUAGUUCGCGGUUCAGAUUAUAUCAGGUAGUCAUUAUAAACACUCUUUUCUUUACACAACA